GUCCCACAGUUCACGUUGGUUCACGUGUCGUCCAUGUUGUUAUUAAACAAACGAGCUAUCCAAGUCUUGAUCCAUGCGUUUUGAUAUAUUUACUUGAGUGAAAACUUUUUAAACGAAAACACAAUUUUUUUUGGUGAUCAGUACUCUUAAAUUGAUAUACCCACGCAAUCACAGAUAUGGAUGCCAAUACUGAGAUACGUAAAUUGAGGCCUGCAGAGCUGUAUAAACUUGGUAGAAUAUUGACUGCCUCUGAUUCAUGGAAAAUGUUGAUGGCGAUUGUGCCCAAGGAAGGAACUGAAAAUGUUCCAAAAUUCAGUACCGAACACUUUGAACUGAUUGAACAGGCCAGUCGCCAACAACGAAAAUCAGCGGCAGAAAUAUUUUUAGAAGAAUGGAGCACAAUGGGAAAACGUAGGCCAACUUUGCAGUCCACUUUGACUCUUCUCGUCAAGGCUCAAUUGUUUAAAGCUGCAGAUUAUAUUGCAGUUGAUUUAUUGCAUGGCCAACCUCCGCAAAGACCGUUGAGUGGCCCAGCUGCUCCAGUGAUUAUUUCUGAUGAAGAAAUUGAAAUGUUGUUGAAUGAGACAGCUUCGGAGCACGAUGAAAAGCUAACGUGUCGAAUUUCGGAGCCACCAGAAAAUUUGGAUGUAAUCUUGGACGGAAUGAGUUAUCCUAGUGAACUUUCUUAUCAAAAUUCAACAGAAUCAAAAGUCUUGGUUAACGAAACUUUAAAGAAUUCUGAUUUAAUGCAAUUUAGUAUAAGCAGUACAAAGUUGUGUAAAAGUAGCCAUCAAAAUCUUAAUGUGGGCCCGGAGUCCAAUUUAAUUCAAUUCAGUAGCAAUAGUGUUCAUGAUAGUACAAAUAGUUCUCUGUCUAUACUCAAACAAGUUCAAAAACGAAGCUCCGUGAAACAUGGGCAUAAAGAUUUUCGCGCACCAAAUAACGGUGUCGAAUCAUCAUAUGAUGGCGCAAAUGAGUUUACUACUGUCAGUGAUUAUGAUCAGCUUGAAUUGAAGUCUAGCGAAUUGCCGGCAGUUGUGGCAAACCUUGGUAACGGCAUUCGAACCACGUACAGCGAAUUAGAUUCGAGCGAAUUGCCACAAAUUGUAGCCGAAAUUGGUAAACGAGAAUCAUCGAAUCCAACCAAAUUGCCAGCCAAACUUCAGUCAUUUGGAGAAAACACUGACGUUUCAACUUCUUCGACAUCAUCAGAUUCGUCGUCAUCAAAUUCUGACACUAAUGCCAUGAAUACAUAUGACAAUUACAGUAAUGACAACAUACCGAUUUGUGUAAACGCUCUUCUUGGAAGCUCGGAAAAUUAUGAACUGGUAACAGCAGAAUUACCGCAAAUAGUAGCAGACUUGGGACGGGAUCAACAAUGCAGUUUUACCGAUUCAAAAUCUGGAUGAAAAUCUGCCGAAAUUACCAACGGUAUUAACCAAUAGGCGUCUAAGUUAUUGGAUAAACAAUAUGUUCAAUAAAUUGUGAACAGAAUAAAAAUUGUCUUCCAAUGUCAUGAGUUUCAUCCCAACUGAAUGUUUGCAAAGAAAUGUGUUGCAACAUUACGUGCUUUUCUAAACUAUGUAAAUAGUAUAACUGUAUUGAUACUGUAAAUAUUAAAAAUAUAUCUUUUUGGAAGUA